CACAGAGGGAGACAACUGAAAGAUGAUGAAGAAGAAGACUACAAACGUCGAACCAGCUCGGCAGUUUUAACGGAAAACAUCCCUGGCUCAGGCCGGCAGAUACACACACCUGCCUGCGGUCUAAUCAGAGGCACCAUGAACAGGACCAAGCUGAAGAAAACCAAGGUGACUCUAGGAGGACAGAAGAACAUCUCAUCCUUCUUCUCCUCUCAAAACCAAAAGGAUGAGUCACUUUCAAAAAGGUCAUCCAUCACUGACACUGGAUUUGUCAAGACUGAACCUCGGAUCAAGGAUGGAGAAACUGCUCCACUCGGACUCCACUCCCCCUUAAAGAGGCGUGUCCUUGGGGACCUUGAGAACCUCCUGCCCUCCUCGCCAGAUCUUCUCUCCGUGCCAGAGACCCCCAACAGUCAGAUCAAGUGUGCCUCCUCCUCCUCCUCUCCCUCCAGAGAGGCAGGUUGUCUCAGUCCCAAGCCCAGCAGAGAGAGGGUGAGCCUGGUGAAGAUCGGUCAGCUGUCCCCCAUCUGUCUCAGUCCGCGCUCCAAAGGGCUGAGUGUACGGAGAUCAGUCACCGAUGAGGGAGGAAGAACCAAGAGGGAAGAGGGAUGCACUGACUCCCGGAAAAGACUCUUCAGCCCUCCUGAAGAGUCCCACAAUGCCAAGAGACCAAGGACUGUGAUGAGCCCCACAGGUAGCAACCUAAAAGUAACAAGACCUAUGAUUGGCCAUGGGAAAACACCUUAUGUCUCCAGUGACCAGUUAAAGGGUCAGUCUAAGAUGUUUGAGGGUCACAGCCGAGGUACAGACGUGGUCUUUAACGACAGCAGAAACACAACAACGUCGCUGAAUUCAGUUUCUUGUCACUCUUUGGGGGGGCACAGAAAACAUCAGGAAGAGAGAGAUGAAGAUGACAAAGAUUCUGGUUUUACUGUGAUAACGAAUGGAAACCCACAUACUCGUCUGGAUGAGGACACUCACACACUUACUGCUCAUGUGCACAAACCCAGAGCGCAAACUAUCACACCUGCACUGCAGAGAAGUGCAAAGGAGGAGGAGGCCGACCUAAACAAGAAAGAGGCUACAAGAGCAGCCGUGACAUCACCGAACGGAGAAGAAGACAAUGUGCCACCGUCCAAUCAAGAGCAAGCUGCAGGAAUGACAUCAGCGUGUCCUAUGGAAGAGAUGGUGGAUGAGAGCUGGUUUGCAGAACAUAUGGAUGAUAAAGAACGUCGUGUCACAGAAGAUAAAUUCAAAAACCCCCGCAAGGUACCAGACCAUGUGAUCCUUUCUGGAGGCGUUAACAACCGCUACUGGGUUUUGGAUGUGGAGGAGAGGCCUGGUCACAAAACAUUGACCAUCUCAUGCUUCAAAACUCUACAUCCAACUGAGACGUGUCUGCUGAGAGAUGGAUGGGAGAUGACGCCUGUUUGUCGUGGUGAUGUGGUGCAUCUGGAAGGCCACUCUGAUGGUGGGUCCUGGUUAAUGGAUAGGGAGCAGGGCUUUCUGGUUUUACUGCCUGACAGCCUGAUCUCAGGUACCAGCAUCUCAAGCUCCAUUCGCUGCAUGAGGCGUGCAGUACUGGGUGAUAUGUUUAAGAGUUUUGACGGUGGCUCAAAGCAGAUGCUGAACGGCACCAUGGUCCAUGAAGUCUUUCAGAGAGCAGCUAGAGCAGAAGAUUUUUCUUUGGAGACGCUGUCUAAGCUGGCUGACCAGGCACUGCACAAUCCUCAGUACCUGGGAGACAUGUACAGUUUAGGUGUAAGUCAGGAAGAGAUGAAGCAGGAACUGCAUGAUUAUCUGCCUUCACUGGAACAUUGGGCAAAGGAAUAUCUCAGCUCCCCAACGCAAAAAGCCAUCACUCUCAAAAUCCCUAGCAACAGCAGAGCUCCAAGCAGGGAUCAGGACUCUGCUGCUGUUGUCACGGUUACAGAGCUGGCAGAUAUAGAAGAGAACGUGUGGUCACCAAGAUUUGGUCUGAAAGGGAAAAUUGAUGUGACGGCACGGGUUCGAAUCCAACGACCCCGAAACGGCGGGCACAGAACCCCGGAGGAGAAGACUCUGCCCCUGGAGCUGAAAACUGGAAGAGAGUCAAACUCGAUAGAGCAUCGCAGUCAGGUGAUUCUGUACACUCUGAUGAGCAUGGAGAGAUACAACCCUGAGGCUGGCCUCCUGCUUUACCUCAAGACUGGUAACCUGCACCCGGUAGUGGCCAGCCACAUGGACCGCAGAGAGCUGCUGAAGCUGAGAAACACACUGGUUCAUCACAUUCACAACUGUGUGGAGAAAGAAGCGGAGCGGAGCCGCUUGUCUCGACUUCCUGACAUCCUGACAAACAGACAAACCUGCCAGUAUUGUCCUCAAAGGAGCAACUGUGCUUUAUAUGAGAGAGCGGUAGAUAACAGCUCUCUAGACACCAGCGAGGAUGUUGUGCGUGACUUCCUGCAGCAGGAGACAGGUCAUCUAACUCCACCACAUCUGGGCUAUUUUUCCCACUGGUUGCUGCUCUGCUGCCUUGAAGCUGCAACAAUGGAGGCCAAGAAUGGCCGAAAGCGUGUGUGGCUUCAGACGGUUGAGGAGAGUGAGAAGAAAGGGAGCUGUGUGGGGAAUUUGCAGCUCAGUUGCCCAGUGAUCGUCCAGUCUGAGGGAGUUUUCCUCCAUCGCUUCCAGAGAAGUACUGUAGCACCACAGCAGGGUUUGGCUAACAGCGGGCUGGCCAGCAGGGAUCGCAUCGUUGUUAGCGACCAGGGAGGUCGUCUUGUUGGCUUGGCAACAGGAUACCUGUGUGAGGUCAGCAGGACAUCGAUCAGCUGCACUCUGGACAGAGACUUGUCAAAGUUCAGUGAUGUGUUGUUUCGACUGGAUGGUGAUGAAGGUGUGGUGGGCCUCAGUACUCACCUCACCAAUCUCUCAAGACUGAUGGAAAACUGUCAAGACAGCGAUCGUCUGAGGGAACUGGUUGUUGACCUUCGUCCUCCAGAGUUUAUUUCCAACCUCAGUUCUGUUCUUCCCAGAGAGGCCAAGGACACUGUGGCCAACAUCCUCAAAGGUCUCAACAAACCACAGAAGCAGGCCAUGAAGAAAGUGUUGUUAUCUAAAGACUACACACUGAUUGUUGGCAUGCCCGGCACAGGCAAAACCACAACCAUCUGCACUCUGGUUCGCAUCCUGCAUGCAUGUGGGUUCAGUGUGUUGCUGACCAGCUACACCCACUCUGCUGUUGACAACAUCCUGCUGAAGCUAAAGCGUUUCAGGGUCGGCUUUCUGCGUCUGGGGCAAGGGCAGAAGGUUCAUCCAGACAUCCUGCCUUACACAGAGGAAAGUGUCAGGAAGAAGGGCGUUCACACGCUCUCAGAGUUGGAGCAGCUUUAUAACAAAGAGCUGGUAGUGGGAACGACCUGCAUGAGCAUCAAGCAUCCCAUUUUCACACGUCGGCGGUUUGAUUUCUGCAUCGUAGAUGAGGCGUCGCAGAUCAGCCAGCCUAUCUGUCUGGGACCGCUGUUCUACGCCAAGAGAUUUGUCCUGGUUGGAGAUCACCAACAGCUGCCGCCAAUAGUGCAAAACCACGAAGCUAGGUCGCGUGGAAUGGAUGAAAGUCUAUUUAAGCGACUAGAGCUCCAUUGUGAAGCAGUGGUCCAACUCAAUGUCCAGUACCGGAUGAACAGACAGAUAAUGUCUCUCAGUAACUCCCUGAUGUACGAGGGCCGGCUGGAGUGUGGAUCAGAGAGAACAGCCUCGGCCCUGCUCACCCUGCCUUUCCUGCUUUCUGUCCAGUCGGACCUUAGUUCCUACUCUCAGGCUCAUCCGCAGCAUGACCUGGCGUGGAUACAGGCCACAUUGUCACCUAGCAACCCUGUUUGCUUCCUUGAUUGCUCAAUGGUACCAGCACUGGAGUCUGUGGAGCAGGGAGGCGUAAGCAAUCACACCGAGGCUGCUCUCGUUCACAAGUUGCUUUCACUGCUGAUAAAGGCAGGGUGUAAGCCCAGUGAUAUAGGAGUUAUCGCUCCCUACAGACAGCAGUUAAAGAGUAUCUCUGCUCUGCUGCAGCCCUCUGCUUUCACCGGCGUGGAGGUGAACACAGUGGACAGAUACCAAGGACGGGACAAAAGUCUAAUUGUGCUUUCUUUCGUCAGGAGCACUGCAGAGGAAGGAAACUUAGGAGAGCUGUUGAAGGACUGGCGUAGACUGAAUGUAGCCAUUACCAGGGCCAAACACAAGUUGCUGAUGGUGGGCUCUGCCACGACGCUUCGACGCUACGCACCUGUGGAGAAACUGCUCAACCAUCUCCAGCAGGAGAACAUGAUUAUCCAGCUCCCGCCAGCUGCCCACAAGGCCUUACCCAGCAUGCACCUGUGACAGAAGGCUGUGAAGCCAUGAUGGUCUCAGAUCAACUGCCUGUCUCACAUAAGAGCUGACGACGGCUGUGGGGAACUUCAGCAGAGCAGCAUUUGAGCACCAGUCUGUUAAAGUACUCCAUAAUCUUUCUGGAGGUUUAACUGGAGAGAUAGGUGACACUGAUCAACAAACUAGCACCUGAACAACAUCUAGGCUUUGAAGUGAACGCUGCGUCUGAUCCACACCACACUAUGGCAUAAAAUUGGUAUUUUGGAAAUUAGAGCAGUUUGUAACGUUUGUAGACAACAAAAUGCUUCACACAAGAUAAAAUGCUACGGUGAUUUCACAUGCACCUUUCAACUGAAUCUCUCCUCUCACUGACAGAUUUUUGCAGUGUGAGAUGGUCAUGUGCCGUUCUCUAGUAUUAUUGUAAAAACGUUCAUAUUGAAUUAAGUGGAAAAGACUUAGAAGACCUCAUAGGCUGAAUCUACAGGCUGAACCUCAACAAGCUUUGUAGAAACCUUUAAGGGUGUGUCUGCUCCUGCUGUUGUUGGUUUAUUUUACAAAGUGUGCACAGUAUCUGUAAUUGUCCUUGCUGUAAAACACUGAAGAAUGACAACUUAGGAACUGACCACCUAGUUGCACACAAAAAACUAAAUCUGUGGUUAAAACAUGCUGAACUGAUUCCGUCAUAGGUUAAGGUAUGAAACAUCAAACUAGAA